AAAGGUGGAAGGCUUCCGGCUGGCAGGAGAGAAGGGGGCCUGGAUCCGGGAUUGGGAAGGAGAAGGACAUAGUCCGCCAGAACUAUGAGCAGGAUGGGCAUCCCAAGGCCGGAGGUUGCAUCGCAGGGGAACUGCUAAGUGGGCAGGAUCUCUGCAGAAUUUUCUGCUCUUGAUGACAGGAACUACCAUUUCAAUUUUUCCCCACUUUCCCUGAGCUGUUUGCUCUGAAAUGUGGGGCUCAGCAACAAAGCAUACGGCUCAAGGCCAAAAGCAGGAGGGGGCUUGGCCAGCAAGCAGGAGAAAUAACUUGCUGUUCUUCCUAGCUCUCAAAUAGAAAAUGUCUGCAGAUGGUGGAAGCAUCCAGGCUGCUGAGAACAAGGAGAGAGCCCAGGAGGUUCUAGGUCAUGUGCAUUCCUGUCAAGAAAUGCUCUCUGGGCUGGAGAAGAAGAUACCACACAUUAAGACAGAGCUGGAAGAGGUGCACUCUGAGGGGACCUCACAGGAGGACAGGGCUCCAGGUGCACGGGAUUGGGUGCCUCUAAGUCCUGGCCCUAAGGAGAAAGCUCUCUUCUUGCCUGGGGGAGCCCUUCCUUCUCCGAUCCCCAUGCUUUCCCAUGAGGGAAGGACCCGAGAUCGGCAGAUGGCCGCAGCGCUUCUCACUGCCUGGUCCCAGAUGCCAGUGACCUUUGAAGAUGUGGCUCUGUACCUCUCCCGGGAGGAGUGGGGACGUCUGGACCACACCCAGCAGAACUUCUAUAGGGACGUGCUACAGAAGAGAAAUGGGCUGGCCUUGGGGUUUCCCUUCAGCAAGCCUCUCUGGGCCCCCCAAGUGCAGGGAAAGGGCGAGGCUGCCAGCUCCAGCCGGAAGACGGGAGCUGAGAAGGAAGAGAAGAGAGGCCCUGGUUCAGGAACCUUGGAGGUGGGGAAGGAGGUGCCAGCUGCACCCAUGGGAGCCCUAGGGGAUGUGAAGCCCUUGCCAACCAAAACCCGGUGGGCCCCAGGGGGUGUCCUGCAGUGUGGGCAGCAGGGAGCCAGUGGUCAGAACGCUCUGUCGGCCAGAGAUGCAGAACAGCUGGCUCCUCUGGAAGCAAGAGAGUCAAAUCCAGCCCCUCCUGUGAAAGCACUGGAGGGCCAUGACCCAGAAAAACCCAACAAGGACGAGAAGGGUGCCACAGACAGCGGUGAGGAGGGCCUGGCCCCUGAUGGUGAUCUAGGCAAGAAGACCUACAAGUGCGAGCAGUGUGGCAAGAGCUUCAGCUGGCAUUCGCACCUGGUGACACACCGGCGCACGCACACGGGUGAGAAGCCCUAUGCCUGUACAGACUGUGGCAAGCGCUUCGGCCGCAGCUCGCAUCUCAUCCAGCACCAGAUCAUCCACACCGGUGAGAAGCCCUACACCUGCCCCUCGUGCUGGAAGAGCUUCAGCCACCACUCGACACUGAUCCAACACCAGCGCAUCCACACUGGUGAGAAGCCCUACGUGUGUGACCGCUGUGCCAAGCGCUUCACGCGCCGCUCGGACCUGGUCACACAUCAGGGCACCCACACUGGUGCCAAGCCGCACAAGUGCCCCAUCUGCGGCAAGUGCUUCACACAGAGCUCAGCCCUGGUCACCCACCAGCGUACCCACACUGGCGUCAAGCCCUACCCUUGCCCAGAGUGUGGCAAGUGCUUUAGCCAGCGCUCCAACCUCAUCGCACACAACCGCACGCAUACUGGCGAGAAGCCCUACCACUGCCUCGACUGCGGCAAGAGCUUCAGCCACAGCUCUCACCUCACUGCCCACCAGCGCACCCACCGCGGUGUGCGGCCCUACUCCUGCCCACUCUGUGGCAAGAGCUUCAGCCGGCGCUCCAAUCUCCACCGGCAUGAGAAGAUCCACACCACUGGGCCCAAGGCCCUGGCUAUGCUGAUGCUGGGAGCGGCAGCUGCUGGGGCUCUGGCUGCACCCCCACCUGCUCCCACCUAGGGUGGGGGCAGGCAUCGCACCCAGGGCAGCUGGGACAGCCCCAUUGAAUUUGGGCCCUGUGUAGGAGCAACAGCCUUUGCUCCUGGCCUUGGUGGAGGUGGUGGCAGCCAAGGGUUGAGGGAAGGGAGCCUGGGAGGUACAGGCGCAGGGUGGGGCAUGGCAACGUGGGAGGAGCUUGGGUGAGAAGGCACAGGCACUUAGGGCAAAUUAAAGACCUUGGAAUUCAA